AUGGAUGAGUCUGUCAAGAGUGAGAUUGAACGAACUUGGGGGUUUCUGUUUGCAACGGCCUCUAGGCGUGAAGUUCGGAAGAAAGAUUAUCCAUUAGUCUAUUGGGGAAAUUUGAUGCUCCAAGCACUCGGACCCUUCUCUGAUUUGUAUGAGCAGCUGAAGUGUUAUAAAAACAUUCAAAGCAUGCAUCUUGGGGACCCAACAAGUUCGCUGAAUUAUGAAGUGACUCUUCAAGCGGCCUUGAGCAAAAGACUGGUCUCAUACUCACAAUUUGGGGUCUUUCAAACUCGACUCCGACAGCUUCGACACUACAUGGAUUCGCAGAAGCCGCGCGGGAUUCGCCAGCUCUGGAAGGACAAGAGAGACACGCUGAACUAUUAUACUUUCUGGGCCGUCAUCAUCUUCGGAUCUCUCAGCAUCUUCCUUGCUUUCUUCUCCCUAGCUGUGAGCAUUGCUCAGACGGUGGCUUCCUUCAAGGCUUUAAGCGCUACAUAA